CGGCCCGCGCUCCGGCCCUGCAAGCCGACCGAGUCCCGCAGCGCAGAAGAACCGUAUGGAGGCGGCAGCUCCCCGCGCCUGAACCCCCAGGUCACGGUAGUUGCAGCGCCCGGAUCGUCUCUGGGAGGAAAAAUGGCCGCCCUGACGACCGUCGUGGUGGCGGCGGCGGCCACCGCGGUAGCCGGGGCUGUGACGGGGGCGGGCACGGCCACCGGCAACGGCGUGGGAGCUGCUCUGGUGCCGCAACAGAAUGAUGGCUGUUUUGGUACUUCAGGUGGAAUUCGUCCUUUUCAGCUUCAAAACUGGAAACAGAAAGUUAGUCGGACUAAGAAAGCAGAAUUUUUACGCACAGCAGAAAAAUUUAAAAAUCAAGUUAUUAACAUAGAAAAAGAUAAACACAGUCAUUUCUACAACCAAAAAAGUGACUUCAGAAUUGAGCAUAGUAUGCUGGAAGAAUUGGAAAAUAAGUUGAUUAACAGCAGAAAAACAGAAAGAGCAAAAAUCCAGCAACAAUUGGCCAAAAUACAUAACAAUGUGAAGCAGCUUCAGCAUCAGUUAAAAGAUGUGAAGCCUACGCCUGAUUUUGUUGAAAAGCUAAGAGAAAUGAUGGAAGAAAUUGAAAAUGCAAUUAACACUUUUAAGGAAGAGCAGAGAUUGAUAUAUGAAGAGCUUAUUAAAGAAGAGAAAACAACUAACAAUGAGUUGAGCGCCAUAUCAAGAAAAAUUGACACAUGGGCUUUGGGUAGUUCAGAAACAGAGGAAGCUUUCAGGGCAAUGCCAAGCAAAGUUCCUGUAGACAAAAUAACACCAAGUACUCUUCCAGAAGAAGUGGUAGAUUUUGAAAAAUUCCUUCAGCAAACAGGGGGGCGACAAGGGGGCUGGGAUGAUUUUGAUCAUCAGAACUUUGUAAAAGUGAGAAACAAACAUAAAGGGAAGCCAACAUUUAUGGGAGAAGUUCUAGAACACCUUCCUGGAAGAUCACAGGAUGAAGUUCAACAGCAUGAGAAAUGGUAUCAGAAAUUUCUGGCCCUAGAGGAAAGGAAGAAAGAGUCUAUUCAGAAUUGGAAAGCUAAAAAACAGCAAAAAAAAGAGCAAAUUUUCAAGUUAAAGGAAAAGGCAGAGAACAUACCUGUGCUUUUUCAUAACAAACAAGAAGGUAAUCAAAAGCAAAAAGAAGAACAAAGAAAGAAGAAACUGGCGGUGGAAGCUUGGAAAAAACAAAAAAGUAUAGAAAUGUCAAUGAAAUAUGCUUCCCAGUUAAAAGAAGAGGAAGAGAAAGAGAAAAGGCAGCAGAAAGAGCGUCAGCGCCAGUUUAAACUAAAAUUACUACUAGAAAAUUACACCCAGCAGAAGAAAGAACAGGAAGAAUUUUUAAGACUUGAAAAGGAGAAAAGAGAAAAAACAGAAAAAGCAGAAAAAAGGAAAAUUGCUGCUGAUGAAAUUUCCAGAUUUCAAGAAAGAGAUUUACAUAAGCUUGAAUUGAAAAUUCUUGAUAGACAGACAAAGGAAGAUGAACAGGCAGAAAAACAAAGAAGACUGGCAAAAUUAAAAGAAAAGGUUGAAAACAAUGUUAGCAGAGAUCCCUCUAGGCUUUACAAACCUACCAAAGGUUGGGAAGAACGGACUAAAAAGAUAGGACCAACAGGCUCUGGGCCACUUCUACAUAUCCCACACAGGGCUAUUCCAACCUGGAGACAAGGAGUUUAGAAAAGAAUAUGAGAUAAUGAAAUUGGUGUUCAGUUGAUGAGAAUGUUAGCAUAUUCUGCUAUAACAGGACAGAGUGCUAACCGUGUUUUUUAAAUAUCACUAGCCCAGACAGACUGAUUAUUGUAAAUUGACAGUCAUUAAAUUCCAAGUGGUAUUGUCAUUAGUAUUUCCUGUUUAUACUAAGAGGGCAUUUAAUGUGUAUGUUGGCCUAUUAUUGAUGUAAACGUUUUUUGAAUGAGUUUAUGUUACAAACAGUAUUUCAUUUAAAAUACUCAGAACAUUUCAAAGGUAUUUUGUUUUUGUCAUCGCACAGCAAAAUAAACUGGGACAAUCACAGAGUGACAUUUUUUAAACCAAAAUUUUGUAACAUUUAUAUUUUGGAGGUAACCUUGAGUAACAAAAAUGUAAGGUUUUUUUUAUUUGUUUGAGUUUUGAAAUGUUAGUACUUUUUCUAAGUUUAACAAAGUGGUAGUUUGUCAGUUACUAAAUUUUUGUGUAAUAAAUAUUUUGUAUUUGUUUGAAGCAUGCUUUGUUUUAUAUAAAAAAUAUUAAUU